AUGUCUCCAAUCUCAAUCUCCGACGACAAUCCCUACCAGACUCUACUCACAGAGACCAACAACGAUGUCACUCGCUACGAGGCUCAUCGGGUGAACCGCAAUGCCCAGCAGACCGCUAAGAUCCUAGCGGACGACUUUCCAGGCUGGAACUUGGACGAGGUCCUCAUGCGACUGGACGGUCCCUCAAAAGAAGAGGGAUACGUGGACCCCCGUAAUUGCCUCGUCAUCUGGGCCAAACCUCCUCCUCAGAUCCGGGAGCUGAUCGGCUUCGUGCAAAGAGAAUUGAAAGAGGUCGCACCGACGCUCUGGCUUAUGCCAUCGGAAAACCUCCACACAACAGUGCUAGAAAUUGCCCAUUCCUUGACAGAGGCGCAAAUCGAAGACAUGGUCAAGACUCUGCAGUCCUCCAAAGAUAUCUCCACGUCGCAAAUUGCAGACUAUACCUUUAGUCAUCGGACUCGUCUUGUCAAGCCUAUGGUCAGCUUUGACUCUGCCGCAAUGGCAUUGAGCUUCGUUCCAGCUGCUGGAGAGGGCUCAAACGAACGGGGCCCUGAGGGCGAUAGCUAUUCGUACCACCACAUCCGUCGGGACGUGUUUGAGAUGGUUCGGAAAGCGGGCAUCCCAGUUGCUUCGCGGUACAGCGUCCCUUCGGCUCAUCUGACCAUUGCCCGGUUCAUCACCCAGGAUGGCUUCACUACGGGAGGAGCAGAUGGCCAGGUGCAGGUGGAUCACGCUCGGGUUAAAAUGCUUAUCGAGAAGAUCGAAGACAUCAACAAGAAGUUGCAGAGCGCGUACUGGCCUCGUGGAGAUGGGCCCAUCCCGGCAGGAGGAGAGUGGCUUGUGGGUGAAGAGAAGGGCCUCGUCAUCCAAAAGGGUCGUCUAUGGUAUGGGCAUGGCACGACAGUGCAGCUUGGUAAAGGAUAUUGA